CAGCGGAGUUGCAGCUGCCGCGCGAUCCCCGGCGGCGGUGCGGAGCUGGGAGGCUCGGCCAGCGCCCGGCGCCCGCGCGCCCUCCGACCCGCAGCCAUGGCGGCCGGGGCGCCCGGCGCGGCCCUGACCCUCUGCCUCUGGCUGGCGGCCUCCGGAGGCUGCCUGGCGGCCGGCUCCGGCGCGGCCGCUGCCCGGCGCUUGGACGAGUCGCUGGCGGCCGGGAGCGUCCAGCGCGCCCGCUGCGCCUCCAGGUGCCUCAGCCUGCAGAUCACGCGCAUCUCCGCCUUCUUCCAGCACUUCCAGAACAAUGGUUCCCUGGUUUGGUGCCAGAAUCACAAGCAAUGUUCAAAGUGCCUGGAGCCCUGCAAGCUGUCCUGGGACCUGCGGAAGCAGCAAUGCCAGAGCUUCUGCGAGUCUCUGUUCCCCAAGAAGAACUACGAGUGCGUGACCAGCUGUGAGUUCCUCCAGUACAUCGUGUCGGUGAAGCAGGGGGACUGCCCGUCCCCGGAGAAGGCCAGCGGGUUUGCCGCCGCCUGCGUGGAGAGCUGCGACGCGGACGCCGAGUGCUCCGGGGUGAAGAAGUGCUGCCCCAACGGCUGCGGGCACACGUGCCAGCCGCCCAGGACUCUGUACAAAGGUGUCCCCCUGAAGCCCAGGAAGGAGUUGAGGUUCACGGAACUGCAGUCUGGGCAGCUGGAGGUCAAGUGGUCCUCGAAGUUCAACGUGUCCAUUGAGCCCGUGAUCUACGUGGUGCAGAGAAGGUGGAAUUAUGGGAUCCAUCCCAGUGAGGACGACGCCACGCCGUGGCAGACCGUGGCACAGACCACGGACGAGCGGGUGCAGCUGACGGACGUCCGGCCCAGCAGAUGGUACCAGUUCCGCGUGGCGGCCGUCAAUGUGCACGGGACCCGAGGCUUCACCGCCCCCAGCAAGCACUUCCGCUCCUCCAAAGAUCCGUCCGCACCCCCGGCCCCAGCCAACCUCCGGCUGGCCAACUCCACCGUCCACAGUGACGGAAGCGUGGCCGUGACCAUCGCGUGGGAUGUCCCCGAGGAACCAGACGUCCCGGUGCACCACUACAAAGUCUUCUGGAGCUGGACGGUCAGCGGCAAGUCCCUUGUGCCGACCAAGAAGAAGAGGAGGAAGACCACAGAUGGGUCUCAGAACUCGGUGACCCUGGAGGCGCUGCAGCUGGGCUGCGACUACAGCGUGGAGCUGCAAGCCGUCGCGUACUGGGGCCAGACGCGCCUCAAGAGCGCCAAGGUGUCCCUGCGGUUCACGUCUGCGCACGCCGCCCACAACAAAGAACAGCUCGGGAAAAGUAGAAAGAGUGUGAUGCACACGCAGCCUCCCCUUCAGAGACGCCGGCCCGCUCGCCUCCUGGAAGUCGGGGCUCCGUUCUUCCAAGACAACCAGCUGCAAGUCAAGGUCUACUGGAAGAAGACCGAAGAUUCCGGUGUCGGACAGUAUCACGUGGAGUGGUUUCCGGAAGUCUGCGCCCACAACGAAUCCGCCAGGCUGGAGGCGUCUUCGGCUGUGACCCAGGAAAACUACAUGAUUCUUCCAGACCUGUCGUUCUCCUGCAAAUACAAGGUGAUCGUGCAAGCCGCACGGCCCCUGGGCCGCUGGAAGGCGGAGAGCGCGUCCUUCACGACCCCGCCAUGCUCCGCGCUCAAGGGGAAGACCCACAAGCACUUCAGCUGCCCCGGCGUGGAGGAGGGUCGCAGUCACGUGCGCCCCAAAGUGCAGGCCAAGCCCGAGAACCUGUCCGCCUCCUUCGCGGUGCACGACGCCAACAUCACGGGGCACUUCUCCUGGACGGUCAGCAAGGCGGGCCUGCCGCGGCCGGCCACCGGCUUCCAGGUGACCUGGGCCGAGGUCACCACCGAGAGCCGGCCCAACAGCCUCCCGAACAGCAUCAUCUCACAGUCCCAGAUCCUGCCCGCGGAUCACCCCGAGCUCUCGGUCCCGGGUCUGCGGCCCGCCACCCUCUACCGCCUGGAGGUGCAGGUGCUGACCGCGGGCGGGGAGGGGCCCGCCACCAUUAGGACCUUCCGGACGCCCGACGUGCACCGCCCCCAUCUGAAACACCGCCAUCCCCACCACUACAAGCCUCCUGAAGAAAGGUACUGAGAUGCUCCGAGAGCCCGUCUGAACCCUGAGCGAGUGUGGAAGCUGGCACAACCCCCCAAGGACUGGCCGUGCCCGCUGGGAGGCACCAGGCCCUUCCCGGAGGACCGCCCGCCCCUGCCUAAUAACCGCGGGGUGCUCAACGCUCUGUCUGCCCCGGAAAACGCGCCCCAAAAACCAGGGACGUGCAGUGGGCCUUGUGAAGGCGGAGGGACUGGUUCCCGUGAGAACAGACGACACGCAGCCCAGCGCUGUUCCGCUUCUAAUUCUUGCCUGCCUGUGUGGUGGAGCUCCUCCCAAUGCAGGUCUGACAUGUCCCCGAAUUUGCAUCAACAGAUUCUCCAAAGAAGCAAUUUACACAAUUUACACACGUAAUAGGCCUGCACGUAAGCAGUUACACUUGGAAAUUAAAUUAUUGAUUUGAUUUGCCAGAUCCACAGAGGAGUAUCCAGAUUUUUACGCCCUAAUAUUUAUUCAAAGAUUUCUGAAGAUGAAUUUUUUGUUUUUAAUCACCUGUGGUUUCUUUUUUUUUCAACUGAAAAAUCGGUAAACCCGAAAUAUUGCCAAUUAAUUUAAACCUAAAAUGCUCCAGCUUCAAGCAUUUCAGCUCCAUUUUAUACAAAGACAAAGAUGAGUUUGGCCUCUAAAUGACAAUUUCUGUUAAGACAUUCCCAGCCAGGAGGAGUCAACACUGCUACCCAGAGUCUGCCCUGGAGAAAUUAAAACUGCUUUCUGGGGCUGCUUUUUAAUACUUCAUCCUACAAGAAGUUUCCCUGAUACUUUUAUUUAUAUUUUCCUUUUUUCCUUAAUGGGGAAAACAGUUGCUGGUACAUUAUGUUUUGACGCUUACAUGUGUCUGACACGCUACAAAACCUCUUGCUUGAAAUGAAAGAAUCCCAACUAUUGAAUGUUUUCAAAUCUUUACUGAGAUUUCCCCCCUUUUCUUAAUCAAAGCAAGCUCUUUGGUAGAAUAUUCUCCGUAAUGUAGAAAAGGUAGAGGGGGACUUUGCUUUCCAUGUGGCUCAGUGGUAAAGAAUCUGCCUGCCAAUGCAGGAGAUUCGGGUUUGAUCCCUGGGUUGCAAAGAUGCCCCUGGAGGAGGAAAUGGCAACCCACUCCAGUAUGCUUGCCUGGAGAAAAUCCCAUGGACAGAGGAGCCUGGCGGGCUACAGUCCGUGGGGUCGAAAAGAGUCAGACACAACUUAACAACUAAACAGGAAAACCUUUCUUAACUCCUUCAAAUCUAUUACAUCUUAUUUGAAAACUUUAUGAAAAAUUAUGAAAAAUUUAAUUGAAGAAUUAUGAGGCUCCAUACUAAUGCCUCAUAGCAGGAACUCAAGUUAAGACACGGUGUUAGUAUAUAGUGUUGAGGGGGAUACUGGGGCACCCUUAAACCAGAGAUGUUUUAAUAUAUUUUUUGCUUGAGGAAACACCCAUGUGUAUACACAUGUAUGUAUGUGUCUGUAUACUUCCGGGUAGGUAUACAAUAUAUAUGGAGAAGGAGAUGGCGAUCCACUCCAGUAUUGCCUGGAGAAUCCCAAGGACAGAGGAGCCUGGUGAGCUGCCCUCUGUGGGGUUGCACAGAGUCGGACACGACUGAAGUGACUUAGCAGCAGCAGCAGCAUACAAUAUAUACAUACAUGUAAAUACACACACACAUACACAGACGCACACAUAUACACGUGGAUAGCUUGAGUACCAGUCGCUGCAGAAAUUGCUUUCCCAAGUCACCAGUGGCAGGUGCAACUCUAAAGAUCAUUGGAAUAAUCUGUUUUCCCCAUCGGUAUCGAUUCUAUGAGAAAACAGCGAUUUCUCCAAAUUAAACAUUUUCACGGAAGGGCGUCCUUAUCUCAUUAUCUACACAGGGAAAACGAGGAUGUUUUCACUCAAUGCUCUUGUGGGCCUGGAAGCCUGCCGUUGUCUUCCUUCCCAAAAGCCUGCGGUGAGCGCCCUGGUUGCCGGGGGUUGAGUUAGCAAUGAGGGGCGUGAACGUGAGGGUCUCGACUCGCCCCGGGAGGUCCAGGCUCUUCAGUGCGGACACCAGGCAGAGAGACGACCCCUGUUAUCACAUGCACGCCUCUCUCCCCAGAGAACCCCAGGGCCGGUAGGCAUGGAUCUCCGACGGAACAGAUCGAAAAAACUUCUUCAACCGCGCUUGGAAGCUUGAUCAGGCGGGCGGUGCUUUGCAGCCCUGCGCGAGGGGCUAGGUAGGGAUCUCAAGGGUGCAGCCGGCUGGUGGUGCUUCGGGCUGUUUCUCUGCAGCUCCUAAAGUGGUCUGGGGUGGACUCUGCAACAGAGUGUCCUGCAGAGCCAGCGGGUUCCCCUUCUGCAUGGAGACGGGAGGGCCCGCCUUCACGGAGGACGCAUGCGCAAACCCAGAGAUGGUCGCUGAAACCACGAGUUUUCCCAAGACGCCGUGCCCAGCAUCUGAAUUUUCAAACCUUCAGAAUCUCAGAAGGGAAGGCUUCAAAUUAUUAUUGGCUGUGUGUUUGUCUGCCUUCAUUUGUCCUAAAUAUAUCCGUAAGUAUUUGUGCCAGCCCAUCUUCGUACUGUUGUACAGUUUAAAACGCGGGAGUGUAUACAUAGAUGCAAAUAUUAUUAAAUUAUUAAACACACUGAAUUUUGUAAAAUUUAAUGACAUUUCUUUUACCUGGGUCAUAGACGUUGAGCAGAUACAUUUUUAGUUCGGAUCAAGGUUCUGAAGCUUCUGUCUUCCUUAAAAUACCUGAAGCAGGUCUUAUGAGCAUUUCAUUCUGCUAUAAUGUUCGAUAAAUUUUAUUAGUAUUAUUGGAAGAGAAAACUGUUAAUUAGGCAAUAAAAGAAAGCUGAGUUUCCUUUAUAAAUUUCAAUAAUAUUUAAAAGAGCAAAAAUAUAAUUACAGUUUUUUGAAUUUUUAAACAUUUGCCGUAAUAAAAGUCUAAAAGUUUAUGUUGUUUAAUUUUAAAACCAAUUUAGUAGCUGAUCCUCUGUUUUAUUGAAAUUAGAUGCAUUUCUCUCAUAUGAGACAAAGUAUAUUCAGUGACAGUAUUUACUCUUUAAAAGUCAAGCUCAUCAACCACAUAAAGUCAUCAAAUACAGGUGUCUAACCCAAUAUACAUCACGGCUAAGUGCAUCUUUUUACUGAGAAUAUUCACUCCUCAGCGAUGGGUUUAUUUAUCUGGGCUAUCCUCUUGUUCUAAGUGGGCUCUGGGAGCAAUCUUUAUAAAUGAAUGUGUGCCCUUCACAUCAGCCAGUGUUUUUUAAAUAUACAUAAAUGGGAAGGAAAUCAAGAAACAAGGGGAUAAAUGUACACUUAGAGCUGAGCAGAAACUAACACAACAUUAUAAAGCAAUUACACUCCAAUAAAAUUUUCUUCAAGAGACAGUAACGUUUAUGAUGCUACAUUUUCCGAAAUCCAAAGUUUCCAAACAGAUCUCUGUCCUAGGAAGACCUGGAAGAACCCAGAACCCAUCUAGAGAGCAGAAGAACCCCUCCUUCAGCUCAGCACUGCUGAGAUGUGGGUCUGCAGGGUUCUCUGUUGGCGGGCAGGAUCUGUCCUCGGCCCUGUGGGGCGUGGAGAGGCACCCCUGGUCUCCACCCACCAGAGGCGAGGAGCACCCCACCCUGGGUGUAAUGACCACACGCUCUGUGGUCACGGCCCACACCCUCUUGGGGUACAGAGUCACCCCCGACGAGAAUCACUGCAUCGUAACAAUGUUCACUGAAUAACUGCCCUCUGCAAGGGGGAACUGGGUCAAUUGGAGUAGACACACCUGGGAAGUGCUUACACUGGACCAAAAAAGCCCUUUAGCGGUUAUCUUUUAUCUCCACUGAAGAAUCUGAUUAAAAGGCUGAAUUUGGGUAUCAUGUGAGUACAAAUGUUCAUUUUGUCCUACAGACCGGACAGCAUCAUUCACGAUGAUGGGAGUCUUACUUAACGCCCUUUCUUACAUCACAUGUUGUGGGGUUUGUCAGGUUCGGUCCUGUGACUGCAAAUAUCUCAGUCUAAACUUAUGCACACUUGCACAUGGUCACCAGAACACAGAGGCUAAAUACCCGAUGCAUGUACGUUCACUUACGAUACAAAUGCACAAAGCUGGCGACUCGUGUCUGUGGUUUUGCAUGGCCAAACUCAGCUUCUCACCUCUCCUGGUCAGUUGGCAAGUUCCACCAUUCACAGAGUGACUCAUACAGGUCUCUCUGCAGAGCUAUUGGGGCUUUUCCUUGACAUAACCAUAGUGCGCAGAUAACAGAAUGGCUACUCUCUCAUCCAAACAGCCUGUAGAAACCAUGUCCCUUAGACAGGUCAUUUAAAAGUCAAUAUUUAUUUAUGUAUGUAAUAAAUGAUUUUGUUUGUGUGUCAUGUUAGAAAUAAUCUUGUAAAGAAAUGUUGUAAAAAAAAAAAGCAUUGUAAAUAGUCUGAUCUCUGUCACUCAUUAUUUUCAUGUUAGAGUUUGUACAUACUGACUGAUUCCAUAAUAAAGGAUCUUUAAACCUGC